AUGUGCUUUGAACCCAGCGGUACCUGGGUACUUAUUGUAAGCGAACAAAAAGUACUGCUCGUACCUUUCCUUCCCUUAUUUACUCCGGAAAAUCUAUUUGAUUGCAAGUGGUCGUCUUCAAGAGUUACUGUUUUACCACUAGGAGAAAUACCACAAGCAACUUCUGUUGUGUGGUGGUUGACAAAGGAAUCAGAAAAUAUAAUAAUUAUUGGAUGUAAGACAGGAGUCAUUACAUUCUAUUCCUUGGAGUCUCAAACUAUUGUUGGAGAAACAAGGGUUACAGGGGAAAUUCUUGAUUUACAAAUAUGUUUUGAUGAUUCUCUCGAUUUAUUAGCUCUUUUGAUCUCACGAGGACAAUCUCAGCAAUGGAAGUUAAUCUUAGAGCACAGAUCACUGGGUUACAACUGGCUUCAACAAAUACGGGCCCAGAAUGACAGAGAAAAAAAGGAUGGUUUCAUGUCUUACAUAAGACAACUGUCCAAAGAUAAAAUUACAUUUUUCACACAAGGAACCUCCAAAGAUGACAAAUCGCAAACUGUGGAAUAUGUGCUUAAACCUGUUGAAUAUCUUCCAAUGUUUCGAAAGGGCUCUAAUAACUGGGCUUUAACAGCACAAUAUGUCAAUGGACGUCAUUUUUUGACUGCUUUUGAACUAAAUGAAGGCACAUUGAUUCUUGAAAGUCCAGAAGACGCUUCACCAUCCAGAACUUUGAGGCCACAUAUAAAAAAAGAUGGCUUAUACAUUCAAGGUUUAUGGUCACAGCGACUUAUCUAUUUAUUGAGAAGGAAUGAACUUGAAGUUCACAGCGCCAAUUUUUCUGUAGUUCAGGGUGAUGGUUUGCUGGGACCAAAAAGAGAGUUCUCUGAACUGUGGUCGGCUGAGCUUAUUGGCGACGUACAUCGUGCUUACUUAAUGUCAGCUAAGGAACCUCCGUCGACCCCAGCUGGCUGGCGUGAACCGACAUUCAUGUGCGACUUACAGCUCCCAAGAUUCACCAUAGAGCCAUGCCUCGUUGUCACCAGCUGUGGGGCCUACGUUUUGAAUACUGUCGUCGAGCCCUGCGAGUGGCUGGUGAGCUUGAUAAUGCGCGGUGGCGUGGGUGCGGAACAGUCUGCCGCCGCACUGGGCGCCUCUGUGCCCACCCUGCUCAGAGCGGCCGCCGACAUGCUAAUGUCCCGCGGGAAGAUAGCUCCCGCGCAGUACCUGUUCUCUCUGUCGCAGAGCCAGCCAGACGGCUGGGUUGCCCGAUUAGGAGUGUUUGGGCGCAUGCACGAAUUGUCUAUGUUCAAACACACGGGUAACUUGGGCAACUUUGGAUACGCAGCAAUAACCGCAAAAUUGCUAGCUAUGCUUCUAAAAGCCGGCACUAACAGCGAGGAGAAAUUUGACUUAGACAUGCAGAUCACACCGCUGACCGCGGUGGAACUGCUCGAGCUGACGUCGACUGCCGCCGCCAUCGGACUAUGGGAGCUGGUGCCGCUGUUCAGCAUCCAGCACGGCCACCCGCACCUGAUGCUGGCCGCGAUCAGGUCGAGGGGCGACCUGUGCCGGGGCGCGAUGGUGUGCCUUCUCCGGCACAGCUGCCUCGUGCCCAUACUCCUGGAGGAGAACGGCCAGUGGCUCUUCGACUUCAUCACGGAGAAGUGCAACAAGUUCGACACCAAGCUUUUGAAGUGCUUAUGUCUCUGGAUGAGCCCCCUCCAAGAUCAACUGCGACCCGUAAUGCGCGAUUUGAAACAAGGAAUAACAUCUAUUUACACGACGCGCAUGCUUCAGCUGAUCACGACCUACAUGCACGUGCUGUGCGCCGUCGAAGCGAGGACGCCCCGCCCCGACAUACAAGUGGAGGCGACAAGGAAGCCGGAGACCUGGAAGAGCCAGUACACGGCGAGGAGGGCGCUCUCCUGCGGCCUCGCGCAUUGGGCGAUCGCGGACGACGGAAACGCCAGGGUCAUGAUGGCCAACGUGCCGGUUAACACGGAAAUCGUCGGACGGGUGCUGGACGUGGCCUGUGGCAGGCAUCACACUUUAGUGCUCACCGAGAACGGCAUCUACGCGGCCGGCGACAACUCGUUCGGGCAGCUGGGCGUGGGCGGCGGCUGGGCGGGCGCUGUGGGCGACUCGGCCAGCUCGUCCGGCGCCCUGAUGCGCGUCCGAUACGAGUGGACCGCGCCGCUGGUGGCCAUCGCGGCCGGCCACUACCACUCGGCGGCGGUCGACGUUGGCGGUCGACUGUACACCUGGGGGUGGGGCGUUCACGGCCAGCUGUGCCUGGGCACAAUCGACGACCACUGCACACCGCAACUGGUGACAAAAUUCCUAGGGAGAAAGGUGCUGAGCGUGGGGUGCGGCGCGUGCCACACGGCGGCGCUGAUGAAGAACGGCGAGGUGUGGGCGAGCGGCGCCGGCGUGUUCGGCCAGCUGGGCGGCGGCGCGCGCGACAAGGCGGCCGCGCCGCUGCGCGUGCCGCUGCACGAGCCCGCCGCCGCCAUCGCCGUCGGCUACUUCCACAGCUUGGCGUUAACAGCAAAGGGCCAGGUGUGGUGCUGGGGCGCAAGUCCGCAGCAAGUGCGCGCGAGUCAAACUCGGCGGGCGAACUCACCGGCGUCAGCCGCUCCCGCCUCCGCCACCGCUUCCGCUUCCGCGUCCGCUCCGCUCGCGCCCGCACCCGACCCGCACCUGCUGCCGCAGCUCGUCGACACGCACAACGUUCGCGGGCGCAUCGUGCAAUUGGCAGCCGGUUGGCAUCACUCAUGCAUUUUAGACCACACGGGCGCUGUUUACACUUGGGGCUUGAACUUUGAUGGCCAGCUAGGAAGCGGCGACCGGAAACAGGUCGUGGUACCGACGGAAGUGAGGAUACGACCCGAGUCCCAAGCGGAGAACCAUAAGGCAACCUCAAAGGCAACAGAUGGCGAGGAGACGAGUUCUUGCAGCAAGGCGCUGGUCGCUUGCGGGGGCGAUUUCACCAUUUACAUCGACGACGACGGAAAGAUAUACGCCACGGGGAACAUGAGCAUGCAGAUGAAUAACGAAAAGGAAAAAACGAAUAAUCGCAUUAUAAUGAUGAAGACGACGAAACGCGUAAUAAAAAUACCGGCGAGUCGCAACAACAACAAGUUUCUGUUUCAACCGGUGGAUAGAGUGGAUAUCAUGUUCCCCUUCGACAUUGAUGAUUUACAACGCAGGCCUAUCGAGCCAGUUGCGAACCCUUUGGAAACAAUGAAAGAUUUCAAGAAGAAAUCGUGGGCCGACGAUAUCAUUCUUCUACUGCAGCCAUGGAUCAAUGAGGAAACCCUAAACGGAAAUCCCAAUAUGGCGGCCAAGUUGGCAUACCAUAACAAAAUGUAUUCCAACUGUCUGAAAAUGUUGCUAAGCACUUUAAAACACGGCUUACCCGAGGACCAGCUAUAUUUCACACAUCAUGAAGACACCGGGGAAAUGAGUGACUCAAGGAAGAAGGAUGAACUGAAAAUAAUAAUUACAAGCACAAUAUCGAAAAGAAUUAAGGACAUCUCCCUGUCUAUAUUAAAUGAGCAACCCUAUCCAAUCAUAGACUCAUGUGUCUACCAGUCUCUACCAUGUUGCUGUGACGAGUUGAAAUAUUUGAAGGCAAAGAAUGUAAUAUCUCAGCAGAUACCAAACCAGGAAAUAUCAGAGCGGGAUAUGUCAGUCAACGCAGCAAACAUUAUUGACAAAUGUAUCAGUAUUUUUCCAGUUGACACCGGUUUAUGGGAAGUUUGUUUCCGUCUGUCUAAGGAUUUUUAUCUAGAAAACAAUCUGUCCAUUCAGGAAUUGGAGAAGGUUUUGCAUAAGUACAUGGCAUCUAAUGCCACAACAAUGGCAGCUGCAAUAAUGUAUUCAAAUGAUUGUGCUCAAUAUAGCAAAAUUCUUUCACCAAAAUUCUACCUGAAUAUGUGCAGUGAAAUAAUGGAUACAUGGAGU